GUAAUGUUCAUACAAGCGAAACUAUAAAAUUUACGAACAGUAGAGCACACGAACAUCUAGAUGACUCACAAUGAAGGAUUUUAUGGGCAUGAAGUCAAGCUUUAGUGUCCAGAGGUGAGGGGUAAAAGGUUAAGUAACUUAAACCCGUUCGAUACAAAGAUAUUGGGUAUUGAAUAGCGCUCAGUCUAAACUUAUCGUUACAAAGGAAAACUUUCCUCUCGAUGACUAACGAUAGCGUGAUAGAUGCAUCAAAAUGCAAAUCUGAAGUCUUGGAUAACACAGAGAAAAUGGACUGUGAUCAGAAUACUCAGCUGUCAGUGGUUGUAAAUAUACCGACACCUCCUGGCUCCCAGUGCUACUGCAUGUCACCACGUGAUUUUAGCCGGCCAGAUUUUCAAUGCAGUGUUUGUUACAAGUGGUUCCAUCUUGAAUGUAUAGCAUUCAACAUAGGAAAAGCGUUACCCUUCCUCACAGCUUACCAUUUCAUGUGUAAGAAAUGCAACCCAAUUGGCGAGGAAGUAUUUUCCAGAAAGCAGGCAAAUUUUACAGUUAUGUGUCAAACAGCACUUGCCAACCUAAUGUUGAAGCAUGGAGGGCGUUUGUACUUCAUGGAAAUGAAGGAACUCAUCCCUUUUUUAGAGGAGUACUGGGAAGAACUUACUACACAACCCAGAAGGUCCAAUAAUUCUUGGUAUCCAAAUAUCCACAAAACUUUGACUAGUAGUGAUGUAUUCAAGACCGUAGAAACUUCAGAUGGUCUUUGUGUAUGCCUGUCGAACACUGAUCUUACCAAGAUUGGUCCAAGUUAUGAUCGAUUUCGUGCUCUCACAAGUCAACUUCGGACAAAUAUUACUAAACUAGGAGUUCCUUCCGCUAACAUAUCAAACAGUGUGUCACAGACCCAACCAUGUAUAUCAGGUUCCGUUUCUGAUACAGCUGAUCAAUCAUCAACUCUUACCUCCUCUAAUAAUCAGUUGCCUUUCACCAAUGAAGCCGAUGGCAUAGAUGUGCCUGUUUGGCGUAAACGCAAAUCUCCUGGCAGUGGGUUAUCUGGUGGGAUGGGGAACUUUUACAAUGGUUCUUCAGUGAUAUCUACUGUUCCAAGUGGAUCAUCAGAAAGUGCAGCACUUGGUGCUGUGACUAGUGCUGAUGUCCCAGGGUUCCCUGUGACUAGAACUGCUGCUUCGUCAAAUGGGGAUGUAAAUAACGGAUUAUCCAGUGGUCUUGUACGUUCAACUCGUCGAGCCACUUCGGCAUCUGUUCUUGGUGGAACCACACCCUUAAGUGGAACUUCAGGUUCUGAUGAAGGACGUGCAAAGUUAAAUUCUUUGGGCUUCCCGAUUGAUCAUGCACUAAAUAAGGAAGGUUAUCGUUACAUUUUAGUGGAACCGGAUAAACAUGCCUCCGGUCGGGAGCAGUGGGACGAAUGCGAGUUUACAGCUGGGAAACCCAUACCUGGUUUCUUUUAUCGUGUGUUUUUAUGCUCACAAGUAGUUUUAUCUUUGAGUGAUCGUGCAAAUCAUUUGAAAGUUCACGAAUCUCAGUUGUCAGUUACUGGUGAGAAGGGUUAUUGUAUGGUCCGUGCCACUCAUAGCGUUAAUUCCGGUACUUGGUACUUCGAAGCAACUAUCACAGAGCAACCAGAAGGUUCUGCAACUAGAAUCGGUUGGUCUCAAAUGUAUGGUAACUUACAAGCACCUUGUGGUUAUGAUAAGUUUAGUUAUUCUUGGCGUUCACGUCUUGGCACCGCAUUUCAUGAGUCGCGGGGAAAACAUUACGUUGAUGAAGGUUAUAAAAAAGAUGAUAUUAUUGGAUGUAUGAUCCAUUUACCUUCAACUACUGGUCCUUUCACGUCGUUAGAGAAUCAAUGUGCAGAGUCUUCUGGACUGUUUAAAACGCCCCAGGCGAAUUCUUUCUCAUCUGUGGCUGGCGACAUUAAAUCCAACCUGAACAACACAUCUAGUGGACAGAAUCCGAAUAAAUACAAGACUUUAUUUUCUACUUCUAAUUAUCUUCCUGAGACAUAUAAAGAUCGUCCACUCAUCAGAUUUCGAAAUUCUUUUUACUUUGAGGAGAAGGAUGAACCGACAAAAGCGGAAAAAUUACUUCAUCCGUUGCCUGGUAGUAAGGUGAGUAAGAAGUGUUUUGUUAAUUUAUUUUUGAUUAUUAUGGUAAAUGUCAGUAUUUCGAAUUUUCUUCAAAUUUGCGACGUUGUGACCUGUUGUAUAUAAAUAUCUCAGUUUUUUCGAAAACAUUUUGUCUAUCAAAUUCCAGUUAGACAUCGAUCAAUCUGUGAAAUCUAAUAGGAUAGAUUCCUAUUUCAUUGAAAGGUGACAGUUUUAAUCUCAUUUUACGGUAUCCCAGAUAUUGUUAUCAUAAUUUUAUAAAUAAAAAUAAGUAACUGUUACUAUAAAGGAGUUUGGAGUAUGCUGCAGACUCGUCAACUUACUGCCAAGGUAUCAGAUAGUUAUGGAUUUUGUACAGUAACGGUGCAAAUAUCAUAUCAAAAUUAUGUAAUUAAAUGACUAUAAAUUUAUUUCUAUAUACCCUAGAAUAUUUAAUAUCUAACCUGGUCUAGUCAAUGUAAACUCUGAAAUAGAUCUGUAUUUCCUACUUCAGUCUCGGGACUUCGUUAUAUUUUGACAGUGAAUUGACCAUCGGGGAACAAUAUAUACUGUUAAGCAGAAAGUAGACUGAAUUUUCCGUCUCGUUAAUGAGGAUACAUUAAUUGUUUUCGAAUGAGUGAUCAGAAUAGUCCACACAAGACAUUCAACUUGGUUACAUUGACGAUUAAAAAUCACUCAAGCAUUCAUACUGUGUGAUAAAGUGUUCAACGUGGUUAAUUAAAAUCAAAUAUAGAUAAGAAAAACCCAUAAACCAUAGAAAUUUUCCACUAGGACUUUUUUCAAUUAACCUGUAGUGACAAUAUCUACUACGACUUACAUAAUUGGUCGACGGGAACGUUUAUGGAAAGUGUGUAAAACUUGUCGUUAUGAAUUAACUAAUAUUAACCAUUUUUAAUUGCAGAUACUCUUAUAGGUAAUAUGCAUUAGUUUCCUUCAAAUGUUAAACUAAGGUCAACACAGUAUAGUCGUACUUUGAAAGUGAGAUGGACUCUUGUUUGCUAGUUUUAUAUUUAUCGUUGCUUUCUGAUUCUCAUAUUACUUCUUGAUGUGUAUAGACGUGACAACAUACUACUAAGUUAUUUUGAUCGAAUACGUAGAGGAUUUUAUCGUCUUUUCGGUAGCUUAGAAGCGUUGUAUUUAUUUGAUAGCGUUUGUGUAUUUGUAUUCAAUUUAAACAUUCUAGUCAAAUAACAUCUGUGCAAUCUAAAAGUAUGUUUAAAAAAUGUUAAAAUAUCUUAUCAUGGGCAAAUAGAUGAAACCAAAAGAAGGCGUGUUUAAACGGAUAUAUUUUAGCGCUAUCCGGGGUUUUAUCUUUCAGUCCUUUUUUCAUUACUUCUGUAAGUUGUAGGUAAUUGGGAACCCUAAGCAAUUUAGGUCAGUAAUACGAUUGUUUUUUCUUCAUUUUAAGAUCAUUCAGUGGUAAAGUUUUCAUUAUAUCAACUACUAGAUUUUUGACAAUAUCCACGUUGACUCAUUCUUUUUCGUAUGUUAGGUUUUCUUGUUUAAUUAUUAUAUUAAUUACUUUAUUGUUAGGUUAUUCGUUAUUUUUCAAAAAAAAAAGAAUAAAUAGUGUUAAUAAAACGAUUACGCUUGUUGAUUAAAUUUCGCUACCAUUACUUGUCACUAUGAAUUUUGUCAUUACUGUUGUCGUCUCCAUGUCUAGGUUGUAUAUGAUUCAUCCCUCCCUGAUAUUUCAUGUGAUAAUUAUAGAACAUAUGUGUUUAAUAAUCGUUUUUUGUGUGACAAUAUGUUUUACUAGACAAAUAGUGAUUCUACAAAAUUUCAUCUUUGCAUCCGCACAUCCAAUAUUUUCUCGAAAGGAUUAAUUCCUUGUUGCUGUUGUUCUCAGUUUUCUUUAACAAUCCACUACCACGACUGAUUGGAUCUCUUUUCACUCCAUGAUCUACAUAAAAAGGUUCAAUUUUUUCUUUCUUUCUGUCCUGCUUAAAAUAAUUUCUUUUUUUUGUAAAUGUCUAAAUCCGUUGUAUCUUUUAUCCAGCUGGUUGCUUUUACGGAUCACAAAUAGUAUCGUUUCAUUAAGUAGAAAAAAUAAAAACGGGUGGAGAGUUUAAUUAUUUUUCCUUCUCUUUUAUCAUAUACACUGACAGGUUUUGAAAAUUAAACUGUUCAUAUUGGUGUCAUAAAUUUUAUACGCAAUUGUAUUUGUUUCUUGUCAAGUUCGUAUAUUUAAAUUAUAUUUUAUUUCCUAUUCUGCAAUAAGAUAAAUGUACACGUUAUGACCAUGAAUUCAAGAUUUAGACGUUAGUCUUGUAACUGAACUAUCUGUUUAAUAUAUUACAUCACAGUUCUUGUAAUUUGGUGGGGUAAUUAAUUUUUUUUCCCAAGGCCAUAUUGACACAUUUGUUGGGUUCAUUUGUCCUAUGUUGAUUGGUCCUGAUAAUCUAUGGGAUUAUCGACCAUCGUUUAUCUGAAUUCCAGCGAACAUAUACGUUUUUGAUCGAGUUGUAACUAAAUUCUCUUAUUACGAAGUGUUUUACUUAAAUUAUACAUAUUCUUACACGGUGAUGCUGUAAUAUACGUUGAAUACAAAAAGAGUUUAUUCACACGUUCUGGGCUAGAAGCGUUUGACGUAAUAAUAAAUGAAUAUUUAGCUAUCCGAGUUUUCGAACCGUAUAAUCUGAUUUCGGGAAUAAUGUGUGUGUCUAGGUGUACACUUCUUACAUAUAAUUUAUCCUUAGUUUUUAAUAUAUUUUCAGAUUACUUUCUACCACAAUGGUAAAUGUAUGGGAGCAGCUUUUACGAAUAUCUAUGCAGGUGCUUAUUACCCGGCAAUAUCAAUAUAUAAAUCUGCUACUGUUUCUGUCAAUUUCGGUCCAUACUUUAAAUAUCCUCCAAGUGACGUAACAGACUGGGAACCGAUGUCUUCUCGUGUUAUAAGCGCUGCUGUUGAACAAACUGUGGCAGAUAUGAUCUGUUUAGUAGAAAAAGAUGGAUUCAUUGAGCGUACAAUCAAAUCAUGUACUCCACAAUUUAAUUAACCAAAGGUUUUCAAAAAUUAUAAAGAUUUAAGUUCUAUCUUAAACUCAUUUGUAAGUGUCAAUAAGUUAAUUUUCCUUCUACUAACUCUACAUCCUCAUCUCUUUUUGGUCAACUUGUAUUCAUUCAUUGAACCUGUUUUCUGUCUAAUUAUUGCAAACUGAACUAUGCAAGCUUAAUUAUUGUACUCAUUCUUAAAUUUUUUAAAUGCAUCUUGUUCAUAGAGUUGUUAUAUUUUCAUACGCUGUAUAUUUAUCUAUGGGUUCAUUUUAUUAGGUAUCAUUAUUGAUUCGGUUCUCCAUGAUGUUUCUAUAUUUUUCUAUUCACUUUACACGUCUAUGUAUGUGCUUAGGAAAAAGAGAGUACUUGUGAGUUUUGUAUCUGUUUGUAAUUUUGUCCUAUGGUGGUUAUCACCCAUUAUGGUGUUGAUUUUUCAUUUUUCUCCAUUUCUGUGUCUUCUUUUUCCAAAGUAAACAGUAAUAAAGUUAUAUUUAUGUACCAUUUAUGUCGUUCCUUC